AAAUAAUAUUCAAAAUAUACGAUGAACCUAAAAAGAAAAAAAUCAUUUUUUUAAUAAAAUGCUAGUAAUGUUUUGUUGUUGAAAACUUGAAAUUACAUACUUAAAAAACUAUUAUUACAGAAUUUUAAUAGAUACAAAAAUCGGUUCUUUUCAAUCUAAAAAAGUUUGGUGGUUGGUGGUCUUGUUAGCCAUCGUCGACCAUUGAAUUUCAAUUUUCAAUUCAAGUGGUAAACUUUCUCACCUUAUUUUUUAAUUAUACUAUAUACUUUAUAAAUACCCACUUUUCCAUUUCAUUCACAGUCCUCAAUUUUUCAUCUAAAUCUACUCUAACUUUAAUUUCAGCGUUCUUAUAAGCAUAUCAAUCACUGAACAGGAAAUAAAUUAUGGCUCAACCACUUACGAGAAUAGGUCUUGCUGGACUGGCUGUUAUGGGCCAAAACCUUGCACUCAAUAUUGCUGAUAAAGGAUUCCCCAUUUCUGUUUAUAACCGAACAACAUCAAAGGUUGAUGAAACUGUUGAGCGAGCAAAACAGGAAGGAAAUCUUCCAUUGUAUGGCUUCCAUGACCCCGAAGCCUUUGUUAAUUCUAUUCAAAAACCAAGGGUGAUAAUAAUGCUUGUCAAAGCCGGUGCACCUGUUGACCAGACCAUCAAGACCCUAUCUGGAUUCUUGGAAAAAGGUGAUUGUAUAAUUGACGGAGGUAAUGAAUGGUACGAGAACACUGAGAGGCGAGAGAAAGAGGUAGCCGAAUUAGGUCUGCUCUACCUUGGGAUGGGAGUUUCAGGUGGCGAGGAAGGUGCUCGACGUGGUCCCUCUAUGAUGCCUGGUGGUUCGUUCGAGGCUUACAAAUACAUAGAAGAUAUACUUCUCAAGGUGGCAGCUCAAGUCCCUGACAGCGGCCCUUGUGUGACGUAUAUCGGUAAAGGUGGAUCCGGUAAUUUUGUGAAGAUGAUCCAUAAUGGAAUUGAAUAUGGUGACAUGCAGCUGAUUGCUGAGGCUUAUGAUGUGCUGAAGUCAGUUGGAAAGUUGACAAAUGAGGAACUACAAAGUGCAUUUACAGAAUGGAACAAGGGGGAACUUCUGAGUUUCCUGAUUGAAAUCACAGCUGAUAUAUUUGGAAUUAAGGAUGAUAAGGGUGAUGGAUAUCUUGUUGACAAGGUCCUUGACAAAACCGGCAUGAAGGGUACCGGUAAGUGGACUGUUCAGCAAGCUGCUGAAUUAUCAGUUGCUGCUCCCACCAUUGAAGCGUCUUUGGAUGCUAGGUUCCUUAGUGGGUUGAAGGACGAAAGAGUUGAAGCUGCGAAGGUCUUUAAAGCAGGAGGUUUUGGCGAUAUCUUGACCGAUCAAACUGUAGACAAAAAGCAGUUGAUUGAUGAUGUUAGGAAGGCUCUUUACGCAGCCAAGAUCUGUAGUUACGCACAGGGAAUGAAUCUGAUCCGUGCAAAGAGCGCUGAAAAGGGUUGGGAUUUGGCAUUGGGUGAACUUGCCCGUAUUUGGAAAGGUGGUUGCAUCAUUAGAGCUAUAUUCUUAGACAGAAUCAAGCAGGCAUACGACAGAAACCCCAAUCUGGCUAACCUUCUUGUGGACCCAGACUUUGCAAAGGAAAUAAUUGACCGCCAAGGUGCAUGGAGGAGAGUUGUGUGCCUUGCUGUCAAUUCUGGUAUCAGCAUCCCAGGUAUGUCUGCUAGUCUUGCAUAUUUCGACACUUAUAGAAGGGACAGGCUGCCGGCUAAUUUGGUGCAAGCUCAACGAGACUACUUCGGUGCUCAUACAUAUGAAAGAGUUGAUAUUGAGGGGUCUUACCAUACUGAAUGGUUCAAGCUUGCACAGCAGUCAAAAAUUUAGAUUACUGUAUUCCAGCUCUACGGGAUUUCAAAAUAAAUGUAAUGUUUUCUACUCAUGACUGUAUGCUGAGUUAAGCUUACAUAGCUUUAAUGCGGUGAAGUUUAUUUAUACCAUUCUGUUCACUCUUGGUUUUUGGUUUUCCAAUAAUUAUGUUGUAUCUUUACUGAUUUUGCUUUGAACUUGAUACAUAAUUGUCCCACUUGAUGAUUCCUUUAUAGUUUUUGCAUUAUGAUGAA